AUGUAAGAGGAAGUACUAUUGUUUUUUAUAGAAGGGAUACUACUUAUAGUCUAUGUCUUUUAUUUAGUAUGGGAUUAUUCUGCAAAAGAAGUUCCUUUCUACAUUAAAGCUUUGACAUAUUUUUCAUGGAUCCUAACCUUUUCAAUUGUUUUAGUGUUACCUAUUGAUAUUUUAUAGGUAGUAAAUAAUAUUGAUAAUAAAGCAAAGGAAUUUUUAACAAUAACAGAAUACUUUAGAGAAUACUGAAAAAACAUAACUAUAAUAAGGUUUAUUCUUAACUUGGAGAAUAUUGUAUUGGUCCAAUUUUUUAUUAUCCUGGUAAGUUAAUACCAUAUAUUCAAGGUUUAUUCUACCAUUUUUUCAAGAUUACGAAGACUCAGGAGAUUUUUUUUGGAGAGAAAGAAUGAAAUACUCAAUCAAGAAAAAUUUGUUGAUUUAUACUGUUGGAUUGAUUUUAGGAAUAAUCAUUAUCAUUUUAUUAGCUUUGAAUAGUGAUUCUUCAGAUUACAUCACCAAUUCUCUAAUAGGAUUAGCAAAUUUUUUGUAUAUUUUAAACUUAUAACCUAAGUGGACUUUUUUUGGUUGUUUUAUUAUUAGGUUUUGGACUAAUUGCAAUUCCAAAAAGAUAUUUAAAAGAAAGUAAGGAAGAAGAAGUGCUUGAUAAAUGCUAUAAAGAAUCUGUUUAUUUAGAAGAGCAGAGAACUGAAAAGGGAUAUGAUAUUGAGGAAAUAUGCAAAGUAAUUUCUUAUUUUAUUAAGACGCUUCUAAUUUUAGAAGAUUCAUAUACACAUUCAGAGUUUUAAGUUUAUAUAUCUAAAAUUAUAGCUUUAAUACCACCUGUAUAUUUUGAUUAAAUUAAAUAAUAAAAAAUUUAUAGAAAAAAGGAAUUACCAUCAGAAUAUUAAAAUUUAAAUUUAAAAUAAUUAGGAAGUCUUCAUAAAUCUGUUAAAUAAAUAGUUUUUGAUUUAAGAAGAAUAAAUACUAAGUUUGAUAUACUAUUGAAUAAAGUAAAAAAGCUUGAGAGACAAUAUGAAAUUGAUUCUAUUGAGAACCAAAACUUUUUUAUUAAAAUAGUUAUCAAAGCUUAAUAUAUUUGGGUUAAUUAUUUUCGAAGAUAUUAUAAUAAAUACAUUGGUUAUGUAUUUACAUCACUAUCAGUAAUUUUAAUGUUUGGGGAAUUUUAAGUGUUAAUGAAAUAAAAAAUUGACAUUAAUAUAAUAUCUUCAGUUAUUCUAUCCAUCAGUGAUACUACAUUCACAAAUAUUAUAUUAUUAGUUUUAUUAACUUACAUGAUGUUUUGUGUUUAUUAUGGUUUAUUUUCAAUGAAAAUUAGUGGAUUGAUAUCUUUUAAUAACAAACAUAAUACAGAUGCCCCUAGUCUUAUGUUUGGUUCUGUGUAAGAAAUUAUUUAAACCUUAGAAACUUUGUAAGAGUGAGCUUUCCUUUGUGUUAUAAUUUCCUUCAGAUGACAGCCUAAUUAGAUAAAUCCAACUAGUUUUUUAAUUUUUUUAAAAGGCUUGAUGAGUUUUCUGUAUUUGAUUCAACAUUUACAAUAAUUUUACCUCUUAUGCUAAUAAUUAUGUCACUUUGCAAUUUUUUUAAUAUAGGCGAUAGAGUGAUGUAAGCAAUUGGUCUUGGUUAAUUUGCUUUUUAGGAGUCACCUUAGGUUUUGAGUAGCUUGGGAAAGGAAAUAUUGCUCAAAGAGAAAUAAAGGAAAAAUUCAAAAUCAACAUCAGAUGAGUCAAGCUAAAAGUCAUCACUUUUAGAGUUAUCAAAGUACACUUCUCCCAAAUAUAUUGAAACAUAAGAUAGAGUCAAAGUCAACUAAAUUAGAAACUUUGAUGAAAUUUUAAAUAUAUGA